AUGGAUGACGGAGAAGACGACGAUUUCUAUGCGCCUACUGAGACGGUGCAUGUCAACCAUGCGCCCAAUAAUGUCCAUGAGCCAGUUCCUGCUCAACCGCAAGAAGACGACAUGGAAGAGGAAGAGGAGGAGGAAGAGGACGACGAUGACGAUUUCAAUAUCAUCACCGAAGCCCCUGCAGAUGCACCUGCUCCAGAAAUCUCCCACCCACGACAUGCAAGCUUGAGGCAAGAAUCUCAGCGACCAUCCUCAGCCGACUCAUCGGUCAUCUCCAAACCCGCCACCCCUUCUGUCAUUCCCCGCAACGAUGCUCCAAGUCCUCUCCCUGGCACCGGCGAUGCCGCAAAGCCUCUAGUGCCCCAAAACCAGAAGCCUGGGUCCGAAUACCCUGCCAUUCACACAUCUAAAAUUGAUGUCAAUGCCAACCCUGUACACCCCUCGACAGGGAAGACCAUUAUGGCGACGGAUAUGGACGCGGAUUUCCCAGCAGACGACAAGCCCUGGCGCCGGCCAGGAUCUGAUAUCUCGGAUUAUUUCAACUACGGCUUUGACGAAUUCACCUGGGUUAGCUAUUGCCUGAAACAGCAGGAGGUGCGCAAGGAAGUUAGUGACCAGAAGCGACAAAUGGAUGAUAUGCAGUCAUUUUUAGGCAUGGGGAUGCCGCCAAUGCCCGGUGGUCCUCCAGUUCCUGCCCCCGGCAGCGGCCCUCCUGCCAUGCCCGCCAUGCCCGCCAUGCCUGGCAUGCCGGACAUGUCGCAAGAUAUGAUGCAGGGUAUGCUGGCAACCAUGAUGGCUCAGGGCAUGGAUCCGGCGAACAUGGACCCCAUGACGUUCAUGCAAAGUGCACAGGCCAUGAUGGGUGGACAGCCUGGCGGGACUCCGACCCCCCAGCAAGGGUUCCCCGGGCAGCCCCCGAACCAAGGGUUCGGUCAAGGUGGACAGCAGCAGAUGGGAUAUGGAGGCGGAGGAUACGACCAACGGGGCAACUAUGGAGGGCGUGGGCGGGGAAGGCGUUGGUAG